UUACGCGAUAACGUCACCGACCAGGAAGGGUAAUAUCCCUACGGCAUAACGGAAAACAGUAGUCCUAUGUGUCCAUUUGGAACAGCCAAAUAAGCAACUCAACUCCAAAGGCAAAAGCUCAUUUUGGCAGACAUGUCAUACGGCCAAGCAGAGAGCUACCACCCUGUCCCACGGGACUUCAACACCAUCAUACAAACAUGCAGCUCCAACAUCCAGAAGAUCACACAGAACACUGCGCAGAUAAAGACCAUGGUGAACCAGCUGGGGACCAGACAGGACACCAGUGAACUCCAGGAUCGUCUGCAACAGAUACAACACUACACGAACCAACUGGCAAAAGAAACAAAUAAGCACCUGAAAGAGCUGGGAUCCAUCCCUUUGCCCUUGUCACCCUCAGAGCAAAGGCAGCAAAAGAUCCAGAGGGAACGACUGAUGAAUGACUUCUCAGCAGCUCUCAACAACUUCCAAGCAGUCCAGCGGCGUGCGGCAGAGAGGGAAAAGGAGUCAGUAGCCAGAGCGAGGGCUGGGUCCCGCCUAUCAGCUGAGGACGGUUCUCGAGAUGAAAAGCUUGUUUCGUUCGAUAACCAAGACGACUGGGGUCAGAUGACCACCCAGACAGAGGAAGUGGCCAUCACAGAGGAGGACCUGGAGCUCAUAAGGGAGAGAGAAACCAACAUCAGACAGCUGGAGUCUGACAUCUUGGAUGUGAACCAGAUCUUCAAGGACCUGGCAGUGAUGAUCCACGACCAGGGAGAAAUGAUUGAUAGCAUCGAGGCAAACGUGGAGAGCGCUGAAGUUCAUGUAGAGCGAGGAACAGAGCAGCUCCAGAGAGCCAGCUACUACCAGCAAAAGUCUAGGAAGAAGAUGUGCAUCCUGGCCAUGGUUUGUUCCAUCGUUCUCGUCAUACUCGGCAUCAUCAUCUGGCAAGCCUCUAAGUGAGAUGCCUCCGCACAACCAACGCGUCACUACUCCAUUUAACUCCGCCCCCUCUCACCUGCAAGUACCUGCUUGGAAUCACAAAAAAAAAAGAGCAAGAGGCCGAUCGCUUGGUUAAGGUGA